AUGGCGGCGGCCAUCUCCAAGCGCCAGCAGGCUCGCAAUGAGCGCAUGCUGCAAGACCUCCUUCGCACUGUGCCCGGCAACGACCGAUGCGCCGACUGCGCUGCGAAGAACCCGGGAUGGGCAUCGUGGAGUCUGGGCAUCUUCCUGUGUAUGCGAUGUGCGGCACUGCACCGGAAGCUGGGGACUCACGUGUCCAAGGUGAAGAGCUUGUCGAUGGACAGCUGGAGCGUGGAGCAGGUUGAGAACAUGAAGAAGGUGGGCAAUCUCGCGAGCAACAAGCGAUACAACCCGAAGAACGUCAGGCCGGACAUACCGAUAGACGCCGACGAGGUGGACGCGGCCAUGGAGAAGUACAUCAGGCAGAAGUACGACACGAGGGCGCUGUCUGGUCAAGACCGGAGUGCGGCGCCGGCUGCGAGGCAGAAUACUGGCAGCACGGGCACAGAUCUUGGGUCAUGGAGCGAGGAGCCGCCUGAUCUACCACCAAAGCCAUCGAAGAAGUUCGGCUUUUCACUGCGAUCCUCGAGCUCGACCUUUCCGCGACAGAAACCAGACCGAUUUACUCCUCCUUUGUCUCCAGCGUACAGUGCCAGCGACAGAUCAGCCGAGCGCGAACUACCCCUACCGAGUCCGAGGAAAGAGAACAAGCCCAGCAGGCUGUUUGGCAUGAAGAUUACGACCGUAGACAACAACUUUAACGCGAAGCUUGCACACCUGCGCGACAUGGGCUUCGGCGAUAACUCGAGGAACACGGAGAUAUUGAAGAGCAUGAACGGGAAUGUGGAUAAGGCAGUGGAAGAGCUCGUGAGGCUAGGUGAGAAUACCAAACCUAUUCCGAGAUCGAUCACGCCAGCGCCCAGGGCGCUUACACCAAUUUCGAUGAAGAGCUCGGGAGCGAAUGGCAUUUUGAUUGAGAAGAAGGCGAGCGAUCCUUGGGCGGUGGAAGAGAAAGCGCCUCCAAUACCUGCACGUGCGGCGUCUGUGCCCCCACAGUCUGCGAAUAAUUCUUGGAACCCGUUCCUUCAGCCAUCGCAGCCGCAGCCGCAGCAACAAUCGCUUGAGAGCAGCUUUCAGGGUCUGUCGAUGUCAGCUACCAGCUCGCCUGGGCCUCAGAGUUACGGCAAUCAGCAGGCGUACUAUCAGAACAGCACGAUUCAGCAGCCAAGCAACCCGUGGCAGGCACCGCAGCAGCAGACCUAUCAACAACCGCCGCAACAGCAGAUGCAGAACCUGUGGGGACAGCAACAAGCACCAGCUCCACCGCAGAUCCAGACCUUGGGCAAUCCUUUCAUGCAGCAGCAGCAGCCCCAAACGCAGUCAUUGUCACCUACCAAUCCAUGGGCUCAGCAGCCACCGCAGCAGACGCAACCUGUACAGCAACAAAGCAAUCCGUUCGGUACGCCCUGGCAGAAUCAAAACCAAGGUGUGUCGCAGCAACCUUUUGCGGCCUCGCCACAGCCUAUAUACGGCCAGCAAACGGACUUCUUCUCGCAGCCACAGCAGCCGGCUCAGCAGCAACAGUUCACUUCUGGAGCGGUGCAGAACCCAUGGCAACAACAAAGUUUGCCGCAGCCUCAACCAAACGCUAUGCCGCAGCAGCAGUUCCAACAAGCGCAGUCUCAGCAGCCACAAUUCCAGCAAGCGCAGCCUCAACCUCAGCAACAGGGGCAGUACAAUCAAUUUGGUCAGCAGUACGCGACUCAACAACCUCAAAUGCCUGCUCGACACGAUAAGUCAUCAAUCCUGGCGCUGUACAACUAUCCCCAGCUCGCACCAUUACGUGGGCUGCAGACUCUUCCAGAGGAUGGGACCGUGCAGCAAUUACAGCAGCAGCAGUACGAGGUACCUCAGCGAAGUGCAACAAUGCCACUCUCGAUGGACGCUGGCAACAUGAACCCCUUCGGACAACAGCCUGGCCAGCAACAAUUCAGCCACGCAAGCAAAGAAAGCGUCGACUUUCAGGGCUUUGCCAACAGUGGACGGCACAGUCCGGACGCGUUCGCGGGACUGAGUGCAAGGUAUAUGAGGUGA